CAAACUUAAAGUCUACAUAUAGUCUAAUUAAUUCUGCAUUAUCUAAGUGCUAUUUCAAACGCUGUACGUUGCUGUGUGUGUUGCAGAAUUACAUCAAGCUCUCCAAAUCAUCCAACCUUUCAUUCAGUGCCAAUGUCCACCUCCGGGAGCCCUGACGGUGCAGGGGCCGCUGCUCUGUGCCAGCCCUCUUCUUCAGUCGAGAGCAGCGGCUACACGGACCCUGGACCUCUCUACCCGUCAAGGUCCUCCCUGCUGUCCCGACGUUUCCUGCGUUUACGGGGCUGCAGCAGCCACGUAAGCCCCGUUACACGCCGCAAGAGGGAGAUGAUCCCCGCCGACAAGAAAGAUGCCAACUACUGGGAUAAGCGACAGAAGAACAACGAGGCGGCCAAGCGGUCCAGGGAGAAAAGGAGGCUGAACGACCUGAUGCUGGAGGGUCAGCUGCUGGCUCUGAAUGACGAGAACGCGCAGCUGCGGGCUCAGGUGCUCAGCCUGCAGUUUCACAGCAGCCUGAGCGCAGAAAAGAGCAAAGCCACAUCUGUUGAAGCUUCUACUCUGUCCUUAUCACCUAGAGCGGCUCACACCCCUGCCCUCUUCCCGGCAGGACUCUGGGGCAACAGCAGGAGCCACCCGGCUUCUGCCCUGGGUGUGAAGCAUCAAGAAACAGCGAUCCACCCAUUCGAGGCCAAGAUCCCGUGUUUUAGCCCAGUUGGAGGUGUUGGUGGUUUUAAUAACCCACAAAGCUCUCACAACGGUGGCCCACAGCAAGGCCUCUUCCCCCUCUCCGUUCCCCGUGUCCUCUCUCCUCGAGCGGUUCUGGAGGGAGGGAGGUCAGCGGAGGCAGAUGUGGAUGCUCAUCGACAGGUCUCCUCCAGCGAUGACAUCCCCAACUCCACCGACGCCUCUUCCCACCCGGCCUCCUCCACCCGAGCAUUUCUGCACACACCCGACACACUCCAACAUGCCUCCAUCCUGUCAUACCCACCUCAAAAUUGGCUGCUGCCCCAUCUGAAUCACCCGGCUGUAUGUAAUAAUUUCCUGCUGCCUUGGCGGUCUCCUUACCUGCCCCCCCCGGCCGUCUACCCUGGCCUGCCACUCUACAUACAAGAGAGACAAGGCCAGGCUCUCGGCGUGGAUGCAGACAGUCACAGGGGGUUGAGGAGCCGGCUCAGCAGUGCACCGGCAGUGCUGUCUCAACUUGGGAUGCACCUCAGUCUGGAUGGUCGCUAACAGGACAGUUUGAUGGUCAUGGCAUUUAUUACAGGGGUCCGUGGGAUAGAAGCUUGCAGUGUAUUUUGAUGCUGCAAUAAUGUCUUGUAUAGCCUAAUGCAAUUACAGAUGUGAAUGUUUUAAAAUGCCAAUGGAUAUGCCUACCAAAGAAGCUUUAUAAUUUGAUGACAUAGCCUAUUAAUUGCAAAUAGGCGACUGGAUUUGUUAUUUGGUCAUAUAAAAACAGGAAAAAUGUGAAUGUACUUUAGGCUAUAUACAGAGGAUAUAUAUCCUAUAUUAGCUGAAAUACAGAAGGCAUGGAGAAUGUUGCGUUUUAAUGCAGCCCACACUGUGGUUUCAAGUGUAUACCAGGAAGAAACAGCGGUUACAUUGCAGGCACGGACUAGUGCUGUCAGAGAUCUUCUAAACCUCUUUAACAUUAAGCAGAGCCUAUUUCAGUCUUUUAUUAGGCCCUAAUGAUAUUUAUAUUAUGUACAGUAGUAGGCUUUGUAUAGCUGGAGAUACAAAAAGUCCGUCCACGUUUUUGAAAUAGCUUAUUAGAGACCUAAAUGAAAUUACCGGGUUGAUUUGAUUGGUUGUAAAACUUAUUGUUUGUGAAUGUUUGCCGUUGUUUGCCGUUUAUCUGCGGUGAAAAACCCAGCGAAACUGAAUGCUAGUUGACUCGGUAUUCCCCUUCAUCCCCAGUGCGCGAUUUCCCAGCAGACUUUGAUUAAAUGGAAAAAUAAACGUUGAACCGUUUAUUUGUGGGCUUAGCCUACAGGCUGUGAGACAUUUUCCUCCACUGCAUCUAGUUACGCCACUCUUACUCUUGUUUAAGCCAGGAAUAUCAAUACAAUAGUCUGACAAAAUGUUUGCAAUACGAUGGUUCAUUAAGCCGUUUAUACUGUCAAAUAAAAUAAGGUAUUAAAUAGCCUAAUAUAAAUUUUCCAUCUUUAAUGAAGAUUGCAAUAGUUUAUGUCAUAUCAAGGAAGCAAAAAUAUGUUAAUAUGGAAAUAAAAGACUGGUGUUUAAAAGCAGCUCUUAAAUGACAUUUUAAUUAUUUAAACUGACCCCCAAAGUAAAAAAACAAUAACAAUAAGAAGAAAUGCCAUGAUCCACAAUAAAAUAAUGUCCUACCUACUAAUGGUUCGUUCUUGCAGUUUAUGCUAAUCUAGUCAUAUGGCUGGCUGCAUGACUGUCAACACCGUGCUCGAACCGUGUCAACGCUUUUAUUCUUCUGCAUACACUGCAGGGGAAAUCUAUCUUUAAAGUAUAUUCACUGGCGCUGUCACUAUUCAGUAAGCUGAAAUAAAACAGUAGUCCAGGCUGAUUAGAUAGUACAAGCCAAUCAGGUUUAGCCGCUCAGCAGGCCUUUCCAGGAAAGCUCCACUUUUCAAGACACUUUUUGUAAAAGUUCAGCUUCAUGCUAGAGUUAUGUUUACUGCUGUCGGAACAAUAGAGUUGUUGAAAAGCGAUUUAUUCCCCCUGGUUAUAAUAUCCUCUUUUGACAAGAUUCUGUGAUGGCAUCGCCCACGAGGUCCCGCAGUCAGCCAGCACGGGUCCCGGAGGCCACCAGCAGGGGGCGCUAAAAUACAAUGUUGGUGGAGUGGAGUAGCUGCGAGUGAAUGCACCACUCAAACCAGUAGUCUAUUGUUUCAAUGGAACAUACCCAAACAAGAAAAUACUAAAGAGUGUAACAUUUACACAGAUUUUAUAAAUAUUCCAUAAAAAAAUCAUGAAUGAACAAAUGUAGCUUUAAUAUCUGGUGACCCUGCUAGAGACAAAAUCAUCUUUUUUUAAAUAGUAGUGGUGAAGUCUUCUAAAUAAAGCUAAAAAUUGUACAUGUUUUGUGAGUAAUCAUUUGUAUUUGAACAUGCCUUGAACUGCUUUCAAUAGAUUAAAACAUAAAAUAAAGUGUACUUUGCAACAGGAUAUAAGGGGUUUCAGGAAUAUUUAGUCUGAUUCAUGGCUCAUCUUAAUUUAGAAACUAAUAUCAACACACAAUAAUUGUCUCAGUUGGCUGGUCGCAAAAUGUUAGUCCACUAAAUCAUCAACUCUGCGUUAUACAGUUCACACAUAUUUUCUGCUUUGUUCACUGUCAGAUAAUGUUCAGUUGUAAUGUUUAUGUCAUAUACUUUCUGGUUUCGACAAAAGGACUUUGACACAAUUUCUUCCACCCCACAGGCACAAUGUAUGUAGUUCGAAAAAGAAGUCUAAGAAUACACAAAUGUCUAGUCAAAAUACUUGAGCUUGACAAUUACUUUGUUGGACGUGCAGGUUAGACUCCGUCUUCUUGGCUGUAUGACAACAAUAAAGCAUUUUUUUC